AUGGAUGAUAACGUUUGUGAAUUAAGCAUAGAAGAAACAAAUAAGUUAAGAGAAAAGUUAGGUCUGAAAAAAUUAGAGAUAACAAAAGACAAUGUUAAAAAAAAUGAGGACCAUGAUGAUGAAAAGGCGGGUAAAAAUAAAAGAAAAAAUUCUAGUAAUAAUAAAACGAAGCAAAUAGAAAAAGAGGAAGAACAUGACGAACAUGUGCAAAACACAACAAAGAAAAAACAAAAAAUAAAAAGUAUAAGUGAAGAUUAUAAAGAUGACGUAAAUGAUGUUGAAGCAUGGAUAAAUAAAACAAGAAAUACAAUGAACCAAAGACUAGAACAAGAUGAAAUUAAAUAUAGUGAUGAUGAAAAUGAAGAACAAUCAUAUAACAAGAAAAACAAAAAAAAAAAAAAAAAAAAUAGCAAUGACAAUGAAAAUUUUGUUAGUAAAGUUAAAGUAGAACAUAAAAACGAAGACAUAACAGAGGAUAUGAUCUUGACGUUAAAAGAUCAAAAUGUUUUGAAUAGUGAUCAAGAAGAUUGUUUAAUAAAUGAAGAAUUGAAAAAGAAAAAUAUGAAAAGUUUACUAUCCAAAAAAGAUGAUAAUUAUUGGACAAAGAAUUAUUAUGACCCAUUAUCAUAUUAUGACGACAACAAUAAUAAUUAUAAUAAUAAUAAUAAUAAUAAUAAUAAUUUAGUUGAUAAUUCAUCUAUGCAAAUGCUUCCUAAAUAUAAAGAUGAAAAGCACUCAUUUGAUGUCAACGUAACUUAUGAAAAAACACAGACAAAAUAUAAACAUGAAAAGGAUACAGAAAGAAAAAAAAAGAAAAACGAAUAUAAUAAUGAAAAUAAUAGUAUCAGUAACAAUAAAAAUGAAAAUCAUGAAACAAACCAUAUGGUGCAAUUAAAAAAAAGAAAAAUUAAAAAUAUAAAUAAAAGAAAAAAAGAGGAAGAUGCAUGGGAUUUUUUAUACAAUGAUAACACAGAAGAAGAUAAUCAAGAAAGUGAUACAACUAAUAAGCUUGAUGAAUCCAAGAAAAAAGAAAAAAUAUUACGACAAAGACGUGAUGAACGUGAUGAACAUUAUGAACAUGAUGAACGUGAUGGACGUGAUGAACAAGAACAAAAUAUAGAUAUACUAAAUGAUGUUAUUAAUAAAAUAAAAGAAGAACAAAUGGAUAUGGACAUAAACUAUUUUGAUAAUCCUUUUAGUGAUAACGAAGAUGAUAAAGAAUUAUAUGAACUUUUACAAAAAGGAAAUAAUUUACAAAAACGAAAAAAAGAAAAAAACUAUGAAAAUGAAUUAUUAAAGUAUAUUGUUGUCAAUGAAGAUGAAAAAAGUCAAAAAAAUAAAAAUAAAAAUAAUGAUAAAAAUAAUGAUAAAAAUAAUGAUAAUGAUCAUUCUGAUGAUGAUGAUGAUGAUUAUCAUAAUCAUUAUAAUUCCAAUAAUGUUAUCAAACUAACAAAUACGUCGGAAUUUUGUAAAAAUAUUUCCCUACCACUUGAUGUACUAGAAAACGAAAAAAAAUUAAAAAGUAAAAAAAAAACUGAUAACGCAAAGGAGGGGGAUAACCAUUUAAAUGAUGAAUAUAAUUCAUCAAACAAAAACAUAUUAGAAGAAAAUAUUAAUGAGGAUAUAUUAAAAAAUACGUUUUUAGAAAAUGAAGAAGAUCAUAACGAUGAUAAUUCUUCUGAACUUCACGGAGUAUCAGAAAUAUUUAAUGAAGUCAAACUAGAUGAAGGUUUAUUUGGUGCAUUAGAAUAUUUAAAAACAAAAGGUGAAUUAAAUAUGGAAGAUAAAAUUUAUAGAAACCCUGAAAACAAACCAUUACACAUGUCAACAGAUAAAGAUGAUAUUAAACUAGAUUAUAAAAAUGAAUUUGGUAAAGUUAUGACACCAAAAGAAUCCUUCAGAUAUAUAUCAUGGAUUUUUCAUGGAAAAAAACAAGGAAAAAAUAAAUUAGAAAAAAAAAUCAAAAGGUUAGAAAUUGAAAGAAGAUAUAAGGAAAACCCCAUAGACUCAUUACCUACAUUAAAUGUUUUGAAGAAAUAUCAGCAGAUGCAAAAGAAAUCAUACUUUACCUUAUCAAAUAAUAAUUAA